CUCGAAGUCUCAGUCUCCGGUCAUACGGUUAAAUCGAUUGUACUCAGUUCUUUUUCUCGACGACAAUCACACAUCCACAAUGAAGCACCUCGCAGCCUACCUCCUCCUCGGCCUUGGUGGCAACACCUCGCCCUCCGCCUCCGACAUCAAGGAUGUGCUCAGCUCUGUCGGUAUUGAGGCCGACAGCGAGCGCCUCGACAAGCUCCUCUCCGAGCUCGAGGGCAAGGACAUCAACGAGCUCAUCGCCUCUGGCUCCGAGAAGCUCGCCUCCGUCCCGUCCGGCGGCUCCGGCGCCGCCGCUGCCGGUGGUGCUGCUGCCGGCGGCGCUGCCCCCGCUGAGGAGGCCGCUGCCGCUCCCGCUGAGGAGGAGAAGGAGGAGUCCGACGACGACAUGGGCUUCGGUCUCUUCGACUAAGCGUCUCGCCAAUCUUCCGCUGCCAACGAAACACGAUCAUGCCAACCUCCCAUUUACUUGGGGUUAUGAGAACCACGCGGGACGACCAUGGGCAUUUUUUGGGCGGUGUCGAGCGCGC